UAAAUAAUUUAUUUUUUGAAUAUAUAUUAUUAUUUGUAUUAUUUUCCUAUUUAAUUAUUGAAAUAAAUAGAUUAUUUUGUUUAACUAUUAAAACGAAUAAUUUAUGUGGAUAUUAAAAAUAUUUAUAUAGUUGCAUAAUUAUUUUUUUAAAUAUAUGAGAUGAUAAAAUUUGAAAAUUAUUAAGAAAAUAUUGUUAAAAAUGACCCAGUCUCAACAAGUGAUCGAGGAGUUAUAUGAUUCUUAUACAAAAAUUGCUGCUAAUAUUAUUGCAUACUAUGAUGGCGAUGAAAGAAAUAAUAAAUUAAAAGAAUUAAGAGAUAUAGUAGAAAAUAACUGUAUUCAAAAUAAAAAGUUGAAAUCAACAGAGAUCAUAAAGAAAAGAUUAUUAAGUUUAUAUAAUGAUGAUGAUGAUGAUAAUGUUGAACAUAAUAUUGAAUCUACCAUGAAUGAAUAUAAACAAGCCAUAAGUGAAAUUGAUAAAAACGUGGCAAACGAUAAUAAACUAAAGGAAUUUGAUAAACAAGUAGAAGCACUAUUAGAUAAAGUAGUACAGAAAGAAAAUAAUACAGAUGAAGAACUACAACUUACAGGAGGUUAUAUAAAUAUAAUUGAUCCAAUUUCUAAAAAAAGAAUUGUAGAUCCUGUGAAGAAUACUAUAUGCGGUCAUACUUAUGACAAAGAAAGUAUUACGCAAUUAUUGAAACUUAAUAAAAAAACAAGAUGCCCUGUUAUAGGCUGCAAAAGUAUAGAAUUUGUAACACUUAAACAUCUUCGUAUUGAUAUUUUAACAAAAACAUAUCUUGAAAAAAACCCUGAAUAAAUAUUUAUGA